AUUACACUACAUUUCCUCUCCAUAGGCUGCCUAUUCUUGCCUAAUAGAUCGCCAGCAAUGAGCAACUUCCACAGACUAGAAGUCCACCCUACGCCUGCUUACAAGCGCCUUGGGUCCUUUUCCCUUUCAUCAUUAGGGAAGCGGUGGGGAACUAGUCUGGGCGUCUGGGGCGCCGGUGCUGGUAUCACUUUAAUCUACCUGCUCUCCGUUACACCGAUCGUGAAGAACCGUCUGCUAGUCAAAGUGCCGGUGCUCGGCCGGUACUACGAAGACACGACCCCUGCAUCGGACAAGCCUUUCUAAUAUGGUGUAUACUCCGGAUUAAUGCAGAAAUGCCCUUCAUUGAUCGUCUCGGCCUCGUCGGUGUCCUGUCUACGAUCACAAGGAGCGAGCUACGUCUCGAAUACCGGUUGAACCGAAUAAGAUUCGCCUCGUGUUUCUCACUUUGACUGUUUCGGGUUCGGUUGAAUCAUAGUCGGUGUGAUCCUUGGCUUCAACACGAG